UUGGCACGCGGUGUCUGUUACGCGCGUGCCUCAAGUUUCGGUGAGUGGACACACCGCGCGAGCGUAUAUAAACCUCACGGCGCGGAGCAUGUGGUCACUGCAGUCGCCAGGUUUCAUCAGUCCGAGUGCACAUCGCAGCCCCAAACACAGUCUGAGCAAAAAUGGCAUUUGCUGGUAUUCUGAAUGAAGCUGACAUCACUGCAGCCCUGCAGGCUUGCCAAGCUGCUGACUCUUUCAACUACAAGAACUUCUUCAGCAAGGUUGGCCUGAGUGGAAAGUCCAGCGAUGACGUCAAGAAGGCCUUUGCCGUCAUUGAUCAGGACAAGAGCGGCUUCAUUGAGGAAGAUGAGCUGAAACUGUUCCUGCAGAACUUCUCCGGUAGUGCCAGAGCUCUGACUGAUGCUGAGACCAAGGCCUUCCUUGCAGCUGGUGACAGUGAUGGUGAUGGCAAAAUUGGAGUUGAUGAGUUCGCUGCCCUUGUUAAGGCUUAAGCACAUCAUGCAGCCUAUUUUUGGAGUUGAUGAGCUUGCUGCUGUGGACAAGGAUUAAAUGACAGCUGACCAUGACAACCUCUUACUGCAAAGGAACAGCAAUUCCAAAAGCCUCACUUCAGUCAAGUUGAUUUUUAUACAUGACUUUGACAUGCCUGCGCACCUUCUGCUCCCAAGCUGCCCACUGUCCUGACUUUAAAUGGUUGAUUAAGCCAUGUCACAAACAUGAACUUGGGGUACAAUACAAUCUGUGAUGCACUUUUUGGGAAAGGAUGGUAAGAAGAUAAUAAAUGUCCUUUUUUCA